AUGGUUUGGCUUAGCUAUAAGCCUUAUGACCAUUUGUAUACCUACAGAAUACCUGGAAGCUGCAGGAUCAUCAGCAAAACAUCCUUACAGAUCCCUUCUCAUGUGUUACCCAAACGGAAUCUUUCAAUCUGUUAUGUAGCAGCAGAUGAUGAUGACAACACCACGGACUUUCAGAAAACUUCCAAUCCUAUGACUGAAAUACUAGAAAACGCAUCUAUGGAGACCACUGAAGCCAAAGAUCCAUUGACGUCAGGGGUUGGGAUUGGCUUUGUGCUUUUGUUAUGUACCGGAAACAUGCAGGCAGUGAUCGAUCUUCUUAAGAACGCAGAAGGCAUUAUUCCGGGAUUUUUUAAGAUGAUUAUCGAUCACAUCAAAAGCGUGAUGCUAAGAGAAAAUUUCCCAAUAGGCCAUAUCAUCAAGAUCGAUGAUAAAGAUGAACUAGUUGACCAAAAGAAACACACAGCACGCCUCCAUUCUUCUAUAGUCCGCUCCUCAAGCGAUUCCCGAUUGCUUGCCGCCGUAUUACUACGAUUUCCAUCGGCGUCGCACUCACAGAUUCGCUUCAGAUAUAGGUAG